AUGGCCGACCCCUUUGAGGUGCGCAUGCGCUUCACCUCGCAGCUUCAACAUCUCAACGCCUCGGUAACAUCCGCCCAAAAAGCUGCCCAAUAUGCCCUCAAGUACAAAGACAUGGACGAGGACUUGCACUCCUGUGUCCUUGAGCAGCUCGAACGGAACAACAUGAACACUCGCGCCAAUAUCAUGUAUUUCAUCGAGCACUUUCUAGACCUGGCGCAGCGCGACGGGCACACAGACUACAUUCGGAUGAUGCAACGUGAUAUUAUUCGUGUCGUCGAUGCCGUUGCUCCGGAUGAUGGGUCUGGCGCUGCUAAUGUCAAAGUGGUUCGAAAGGUUCUACAAGGUCUCCAAGGCAAGGGAUACUUGGAGUCUCAGACGGUCACCCAGAUAGAGGAUGUCAUCAAGGAGCGAGAGACCAACGCGGACGACCUUGGUCUGGCCUCUCCCAACGGAGACGUCGAGAUGACGGAUAUGCCUCCCUCACAGACCAUACCCAAGCCAGGCCGGCGGAGCGCACCUCACCGGCUCGACAAGCGUCAGAUCGAGCAGCGGAUUGAGGAGGACCGUGAACGCCACAAGCGUGAGCGAGAGAGCAUAUGGGCCAUCCCCAAGGUUGAGAAUGCAGAGAUGAACAGGCUGUGGGAGGACACGAGCGACUUUGGCGAGGACGAUGACCGGUUACUGACCGAAGAGCGGGCCGACUUUCGAAAAGAGAUGGAAAUGCAGCCGGGUUGUCAACACCAACGAGCGGCGAAUGGUAACCGUCAUUGA